UGGACCAGAGGUUAUGGGGGAGGUUUCUGACGCUUGUGGAGUCACCCCCUGCUUAGCAGGGACCCCCACAUUGGGAGGCGCCACCGUCGCUUCUGGCGACUGGCGUCUUACGACGAGGGCCACCAACAGACCCGCCAUCUUGAAUACCCCAGUAGAACCAGAUUGUCUCCUGUGGCUGGUUUCCACUCUAACAAUUCCCAGACCCUGUGGUUUGAUCCCUUCAACAAGUUUGAAUGCGCAGUUUGAAAUUUCUCGUUGUCGGUUGUACAACGACUACAACGCUGAUCACAUCCAAGAGAAUCUUCAUCAUCGUGAGAGAAGAAUUGCUCCUGUUUUGGGGCAAUCAUUGUGAAAAUGGAGAGUUCAAUUCUCGCUUAUGAGAGCGACAUUCCGGACUUUCGUUCCAACAGCCCAACGUCAGGUGACAGCGAGGAGGGUAAAAUCAUUCCAGACUCUGAUGACGAUGUUUUCACCGACUCCAGCAGCGACGAGGUGUCCGGACGAAUAACUCCCUCGAUCCACAAAGCCAUUCGCCGGAGUAUUUUCAACUUAUCUCGUUCCCUAAAUCAUUCUGCCCUUGACUGUGACGAUGAGGAGAAUGUGGAGUCUGAUGAUGGCGAUGAGGACUAUGAGGGGACGCGUAGGAAGAGACACAUAUUACUAAGCACACCUGAGGACACCACAUCUGACUCUGAAGAUGAAUUCAUUCCAACUCAGAAGAAACGACUGAAUCGUAUACUGGACUCCAGUGACGACGCCACUCCCACAAAGUUUCAUCAUGGAAUCUCUAACAGACGCCGCCAGAAGUCGUCGAGCUUCAGGAUCAACGCCACCUCGUCCUCCAGUCCAAGUGCCGUAAUGAUAGAUUUAACUUCAAAGGAGUCUGAGGAGGAUUCAGAUGUCAGUUCCCCGUCGAUUCCCCAGCACAACCGCACCCCAGGGAUCUCCACGAUCUCGAACCUCUCGUGGAGGCCUGACUACAUUGUUGCGUCCUCCAGUAGUGACGAGGAGCCUGACAGGUCACGACGUAAAUCAACGAGGAGAGGGCCCGGUAGUCCUCAGUAUGUUGACUCGUCUAGCGAUGACAGCUUUGGGGCCCCUUUGAGGAAAGUCACCCCCGUAGACUUGGAGAGCUCCUCGGACUCUGGAGCCCAGGGGGAAGAGCAGGACAGAUCAGCUGGUGAGGCUGCAGCAUUGUCAUUCGCACAAGAGGAAUUGGGACUCCAUAAUAUCGAUCCUCUGGUUGCACAACGUCGAGCUCUGCUGGCCAUUGAACUCCAGAAGAAGCAGACGGAGAUGACGAAGAUCAAGGCAUUCAUUGAUUCUGGGAAGGUUGAACUACUUCCUGAUAAGGGUAAAAAAUUCCUGAACCGAGCAUCACAGACCGAAGCGGAAUUGCGGGAGAUUCGCCAGCAACUGUCUGAAUGUCGUCUAGUAGAAAAUAACGUCACCUCUCCGACCUCCACCACCUCAUCACAACCCCAUUACCAGCUGUCCCCGAGCCCCCAGGUGAUAAAACACGUCCGACGUCCCCGAGACCCAGAUUACGAACCUGACUCCGAGGCAGAUAUUCCCACAAGUUCUGUCGCCAGACAAAUUCUGACUCGUCCCACAACAGCUCCCAUUGGAGAUCUCGGUAAAAAGGCCCUGGAAACAUUUGAACGUGAGCAAGCACUGACAGUGGAGACCCUGAAAUCCUUCCACGGCUCCCUGAAUUCUCGUCCAGGUGAAGAGGAACAAGCGGAAGAGCCAAGAGGUCUGAAAAUAUCCCUGAUGCCUCAUCAAAAGCACGCGCUUGCUUGGAUGUCAUGGAGAGAGAAUCAACAUCCUCCUGGGGGUGUUCUCGCUGAUGACAUGGGCCUGGGGAAGACUCUCAGCAUGAUCUCCCUCGUUUUGAGGAGCUUGGAGUCCAUGGACGGCGACGCUGAUUCAUAUGAGGGAUGGAGAUCGAAGGAAAAAUCAUCGAGACCAGUUGGUGGAACGCUGGUCGUGUGCCCAGCGUCGCUGAUAGGCCAGUGGGAGGAGGAGGUGAAGAGGAGAUGCAAGAAGGGGGUCAUGAACGUGGAGGUAUACCAUGGGAACAAGAGGGAAAAUAUUCCCAAGAGGCUCGCGAGGAAUGAUCUGGUGAUAACGACUUUCAAUCUGUUGUCAAGGGAGCACAGGUGUAAUGGAGUCCUCUUCAGAGUUACCUGGAAACGUGUGAUCUUGGAUGAGGGUCACGUUAUCAGAAAUCAUAAGAGUCAGGUCUGCGAGGCUGUCUGUGCACUGUAUGCUCAUAAACGUUGGGUAUUGACUGGCACACCCAUUCACAACAAAGAGAUGGAUUUAUUUUCGGUUCUGAAGUUCCUCCAGUGCGCACCAUUCGAUGAUAUCCGAGUCUGGAAGCGAUGGGUUGAUAAUAAAAAUCAGGCUGGACAUGAUAGACUUGCUACUGUCAUGAAGACACUGAUGCUGAGGAGGACAAAGGAGGAGUUGAUGAAGAAUCAUAGUAUUGACAGUCUGCCAGAGAAAUUUAGUGAAAUUGUCUGGGUUACACUCGAUCCUGAGGAGAGGGUUGUUUAUGAGAAAGUUAUGCUGUAUUCGAAGACUAUUUUCGCCCAAUUUUUACAUCAGAGGGCGGAGAAGGCCCAGCUUUUCAAGUUGGGGGCGGGAUAUUAUGAUAGACAUGUGCAGAUGAACAAGAAUCCGUUCAAUAAGGCACAGCAGAAGCUGCUGGCUCAGCAUGCGGAUGUCAAGUCACAUCAGAUUUUGACACUUUUCUUGAGACUGAGGCAGAUAUGCUGUCAUCCGUCGUUGAUUGACGCCAUGCUGGAUCAGGAGGAUAUUGAGGAGACUGGACUGGAGGACAUGGGACACGAGAGGCUCACAGAGGGAAUGAGGAAGAUGACGAUCACUAGGGGUGGAGAUGAGGAUGUGCCUGAUGGACCGGCUGAGGUCGAUGACAGAGUGUCUGAGCAUCUCCUCACGUCGGAUAAUCCUGUGUUUGAGAAGGCCAGGGAGAGCUCCAAGCUCAGGGCUGUGCUUUCACGACUUGAGGAGAUACUGAAGAUGGGGGAAAAAGUGAUUAUUGUUUCGCAAUGGACCAGUGUUUUGAAUAUUAUUGCUGAUAAUCUACACAGGAUUGAGGGAGCGACGUUUAGUAGUCUCACUGGGGCAGUUAUGGUGAAGGACAGGGGUGCUAUUGUUGAUAGUUUCAAUCAUGAUAGAGAUCCUAUGGUACUUUUGCUGUCCCUGACUGCUGGAGGAGUUGGACUCAAUCUUGUUGGGGCUAAUCAUCUGAUGUUGGUCGAUAUUCAUUGGAAUCCUCAGCUUGAGAGUCAGGCACAGGACAGGAUAUACAGAUUUGGACAGAAGAAGAAUGUGUUUAUUUAUAAAUUUUUGUGUUCUGAUACUAUUGAAGAGAAGAUCAAGUCUAUGCAGGAGGACAAACUGGAGUUGGCUAAGAAUAUUCUUCGUGGAGGGGGCAAGGCUAAGGCUGCCAAGCUCACCAUGGAUGACUUGAGAACGAUUUUCGGGCUUUAGGAACAAACAGGAUGUUCUUUAAUUUUUUUUUUUGUGAUGUUCAGUUGCAUUUUGCGUGGUGUCUAUUUCCUCAGAUCCUUUGGAUUUUAAUGAGGUGAAGCUGAAGGGGAGAUAUUCAUUUAUGUCGAGGAGGGAAAGAAUUAAAGAUGGAAACGUCAUGUUCAUUUUUCAUUUCAUUUUUUAUUUAUAAACCCGUGUAAUUUUUAAUUGAUUUUAUUGUCACUAGGGGAAUCCCAAAUAUCAUAAGCAUGUUUUUUUAGAUUUUUAUUGUUAAAGAAUUACAAAUUUCUCUUUGUUUUAUUUUUUAAUGAAGAAGAGGAUCUUUGGAAAAAUUUUGAACAAAGUUGUUAUUUUUUAAGCGAUUUUUCUGAUGGAAUAACGACCACUUGUGACAAAAAAAAAUUUAUUGAAAACUAUGAGGUCAAUCAGCUGUCAAGGGAUUCUUUGACGAUAUUCGCAGGUUUUUCUAUUUUGUUUAUUAAAUGGGUAUUCAUAUUUUUUGGGAAUCUCGCAGGGAUCAAAGAUCAGUUAAGAAUGUCACCGUUUUGGACAGGAAAAAUUUAGUGGAUAAUCAUCUUAAUAAUUUUCGGAAACCAACUGCCAACAGAUAUAAAAUGUCAAGAAAUGUUCUGUCGCCUUCGAAGGAUUCGACCGAAGGACUGUUUCUAGUCUGUGUAUUUAUAAUAAAGCUAUACUGAAUGCAAACAUAA